ACCCAUUUGCCUUUGAUCGCGCAUCAAUAAACAAUAGCCUGAGUUUGUUAGCAAAAAAUCAUGAUGUAGUCAUUCUGCGUAGGCUUAUCAAGUACACUGAGUUAAUCCCGAAAAAUAAAAGAAAAUAAGCGACGAAUCUUUACAUAUUAAUCAUAAACGCACUUGUUAACAUUAUCAAGCUAUCAAAACGUGAGGACUGGUAAGUUUUCGUAUCAUUUUUAGCAAGUUUUGUUUCUUUUUCAAAUUCAUAGUGUCAGACUUGGCAGGUGAAGCGAAGUUCAUGUUGUAUGGAGGGUUUCCUUCUGUAUCAUGGUAGAGAAUUUACUUACUAUAUCGGUGGAAAGAAAAAGAACACAACUUCAAAAUGUCAGGGCAUCGUUACUCUCCAAGCACCCAAAAGCACGAACAUUCGGCCAGUUUUGUGCAUAAAAAUGGGAUGAGGUCCCCGAAGAUAUCACCUUUGUCCCAGUCUCUUUUGGACGACGGGGAAGAUAGAGUGCAACUUCACCGAUUGAUUAUAGCCAACGACAUUGUGGUGUGCAUGCCACAGGUGAACAAAGUAUUGCGUACGGUCUAUCAAGUACUGUCACAGGCCAACUACUACCUGUCAAAGCAUGGCAUCUCCUCAAGGCGCUUUUCAGGUGCACAGCUUAUCAAAAUCAAGAUGUUAGGGAUCCUAAACCAUGACGCAAAAGUAUGCUCAUACAUCAAGCAACAAGAAGCAGAAAGGAUAUUUGAUAGCUUCGACCUUUCUGGUAGUUGUCACAAAAGUGGCAAGAUCACAUGGAUGGACCCUAUUCUUCUGGACGAGAAUGGCCCUGAAGCAAUUAACGGAAGCAAAGAUUCAGAUUCGGACCGCAGAAAGUCAAGCGCCAGCCCGGUCGAUAUCCAAGUGUUUGAACUGAAUAAAGAUUACGUUGUCUGCGCACCAGAUAUCCAGAAAGUCAUCCAGACUCACUUUAAUCAAGGAGCAACAACUGGCUACUAUUUUUCUAAGUUAGGUAUUGUGCCCUUCAAAUUCAUACAUUCAGCUCAUUUGGAUAAAGUAAAGGAACUUGGUAUUAUCAAGAAGUCAGCUGUGCAUUGCACGUACGUUGCAAAGGAUGAUGCGAAACGCGUGUUUGAAGCCUAUGGAAUGACCCCUGAAGAUAUGAAAUCGAAGAUUAAUUGGCUAUCAGCCAUUAGCCUUGAUGAUCUACCAGGAUGGAGCUCCCAUCGAUCUAUUAAGAGAGAACAUAUGCAAAGUCCAUCCCAGAACAGCAGUAGUCCCCAUGGAAGUGAACAGUAUGAUGAUGAUGUUAAGGACAAUGCCUAUGGUUCUAAAAUCGAAAAGAAGCUACCUGCAAAAGUUAGUGUGUUUCUAGUUGAAGGGAAAGAGGUGGUGUGCAUGCCCGACAUACACCGUAUAGUGCAAUCAGUCCAUGGCAGUAGCAUACAGGUUAAUUAUUAUCUGAAUAAACUGCACGUGAAGAAGAAGCGAUUUUGUUUUGCGCAUUUAAAGGAACUGAAAGCCCGUGGUAUUUUGCAGGGUAAUGCAACUUACUGUACAUACAUACCAAAGGUAGAAGCUGAGAAGAUAUUUCAGAUAUAUAGUCUAAUGGGAGACCAACGUAUCAACGAAUUAGAGUGGAGUGAAACGCUCAGUCUUGAUCCUUAUGGUUCAAGGGGUGAUUAUGGCAACUCGCGGUCGGGAUUUUCAGAAGGGAAUGAUGAACACGAGCCUGCUGGACUAAGCGUAGCAACUUUCAUUGUCGAUGGUGAAGAGGUUAUUUGUACGCCAGACGUACACAAGAUUGUAGACUAUUUAGAAGAGCAAAGUGCGUCACUCGAUUACCAUUUUAGGAAGCUUGGCAUUGUAAAGCAUCGCUAUACCUACUCACAGCUUCAUCAGCUGAGACGGCUGCAAAUUAUCAAAAGGCCAACGGUUUGUACUUACAUCCGCAAGAUCGACGUAGAACAGCUGCUGCUUAUGUAUGCAACAGAGCGCAAUAGGCCUAAGAUGCAGAGGAUCCACUGGCAGGAUGCAAUGCCUCUUCUAGCAAGUGAACAAGGCCCCCAGCCGACGAAUGAGAGCCCCAGUGCAAGCCCUGCAAACAACACUCACAACACUGAAGAAAAUAACAGCAACCAUCAUGCAUCUACACCAGAUUAUGAAAUGUCAGAUCUCUACAAAAUGUAUGUGAGUGAUAAGUGCCAUUCUGAGCCAGAUGGUUACAAUGAUGGUCAUGUUUCCAUGGCGACCGGGAGAAACCACAGGUCCAAUCAUGCAAUGACGUCGAUUGCCGACAUGCAGCAGACCAAUCCUCACAUCGACUGCCCAAUCGUCAUUCCAAAUGCUGACUUCGAUCCAAAGAACUGCUCAACUCCUCUCAACUUUGGGCCUUUGACCUCUUCUCAUGGAGUUAUCCGCUCAGAUAACAGAGAAGGUACCAGUUCACCUUUGAAAAGAAGAAUGUAUGAGAAUGAUGAUUCCCCAGCUUCUAAAAAACAGAAAGAGAGUGAAAUCAUUGAAAGACUUCUCAAAGACCUGCACAGGAAGGAAAAUGAAUUUCGGUAUCUGCAUGAUGCAUAUCAACGAGAAAUUAGCAUCGAGCGAGAGAAAAGAGUUGAGGUAGAAAGUGAACUCCACAAACUCAGAGAUGAUCUUGGCAUGGAAAGGCAAAUAAGAGAGAGACUGGAAGAUGAACUAAAGCACAUUAAAGAGGCUGCUGUAGAGGACCCUGCCACUAACUGAAGAAAAAAAGAAGGCCUGUAAAUACGAUAGAUAUAGGUACCCAGAAGUAACUUUGAUUGAUUGUUUGAUUGAAAUUAAUAGUAAUCACGUCGAAGUUUGUAUUCUAUUAAAAAGUUUCCUAAGAUAUUGAUCAACGCAGAAAUUAUACUUUUACCUUGAUAUUACGCUUUUACAUUACAUUCAACGCCUAGCUAUUUAUUUUCUCUUGCAGAAAACUAUUUGAAAACAAAACAGGAUAUGUAUUUUAUGGGUUUUGUAAUCCGUUUGUUCACCUGUAACUUCUUCUUGUACUGAUAAUCAACUGACAGCUUUUGAUUUGUGUAGAAUAUUGCCCCAAAUUACCAUAAAAAGAUGCAAUAUCUGAUGAAUCAGAAAGUAUUCACGCAGCAUGUAAUCAUUCAUUAGCCUAGCUUAAACCCUACCCAUCUUCCUGUUCCCAAACCCCCACCCACCCCGGUUCCUCCCAUCCCCCUCUUCUUAUCCAUCCGCCUGUCCCUCCUCUGUCCCCACCAAACUCCUGUCCCCUUCCAUCCUUCUUUACACGUAUUCACAGUCCAUAACCAUCUCUCUUUCCUGGAUGGACUUUUGCCAUGACAUUUCCCCUUCUUAACCUAUUUUUAGUCAUACCUUUAUUUUUGCACCAAUCGGUACAAGGUACAAUGUAGAUGAAGAGAACGCAACCAUUUUACCUCUUGCAAAAUUCACAAUAUUUGCUGUCGUUUUCUUGUUUGGAAAUGAUAAUAGCUAAUACUCCAAUGCCACGUCUGCAGUCAUAUGCUGCAAAAUGCUAUCAUUCGCAAUUCAUUUUAGCGAUAAAAACAGCUUGUUAUUGCUUAUGUUGGGCGUUACAGAAUUUUUAAAAAUCAUUUUGUAUAUCCCAUUGCUGCAGAAAGUAUUUAUGUGUGUAUUAACUCCGGAACUCCUUAUUUAUAUAGCUCACUAUCUCGACUAAGUUGCCAUGCUAGGCUGAUUCUACAGAAAGGUUAAGUUGGACUUGAUGCUGAUCAUUUCCCAGUAAUGCUAACGUAUACCAGUUAUAAUAAUCCCGGCUAAGAAAAGUUUUCAAGCCAUGUCCAACUUUAACUGCAGACCCCUAUCCGUGGAUUUGUCGUUUUGUCGCCGAAAAUAUAUCACAAUUAUCGAACUUCUCGUUUUUUUACCACAAAAAAUUGAUGUACGAUGCUUUGCACUUUGUCGAACAAUCUCCUGUAAAUCGCACUUUUUAAUAUAUGAUGUGGAAGUAUGUUUAGUCAUAAAUUAUCUUAUCUUUAAUACAGAUAUUGAUAUGAUUUCUUGCCUUAAUUACGAAUAUUUAUUUAUUGAUUAUUAUGUUUUCGUAA